CCUUUGAUCCUUCCUCUCACUCAGGCUCUUCGAAAACACUGUCAAACAGGUUUUUCAUCUCCUUGAACUAUAUCUGAUGUGAUAGUUUAGAGUUGAGUGCCUAUAUAAUAGCUACUCACAGCUAUAAGCUAUUACAGAAACUAGUAAACUGUAUACAAAGAUGGAUAACCUAGAGGUCAUUUUUAUUGAGUCGCAACCGGAGGAAACCAUAAAUCUGGAUUCUCAGCCAGACUCCGUGGACCUGUCACUGAUUUUUGAAAUUAAAACCCAAAAUUAUCUCGAGAGGAAUUGGGAUCCUAUUAAUGAGAUUAAAUGGGAUGAUGAUAGUGAGGAUGAUGACCUCAUGAUAUCAUCACAAUACAUUUUUGAGGAAUAUGUCGGUGAGGACUCCAUGACUGAAACGCCAUUCGUUUUGCCGGAUGAUGAUCAUAUUUUCGAUUUGGUCGAUGAUCAAGACUGCGGCGAAAGGGAUCGACUCAGGGAUCUACUUCGGGAUGAAGAUGACGCUGAGUUAAUAGCGGCGUUGGAAAGAACUGAGGCUGGAUUUAAAUAAGGCGAGAAAGCAUAUGUAUAAUAAAAAUAUUCGAUGUAUUUUUCUAAUCAUAAUAUUAUAUACAUACAUACAUAGGUAUA